CACAAUUGUUGUUUUUUUUUAAAAAGAAAAAAAAAAAAAGAAAAUGGCUGCCAAACAUGAUUUGACAUUAAGAAUGAUCCCAUUCUUGGAUCGUCAUCUUGUUUUCCCUCUUCUCGAAUUCUUAGAAUUAAAAGAGGUUUAUGCUUCUGAAGAUUUACUUCAAGCCAAGUAUGAUUUGUUUAAAAACUCAAACAUGGUCGAUUUUGUUUUAGAUCUUUAUAAGAAACUUGAAAAGACUGAUGUAGCCCCUAAAGAAUUUACUGAGAAAAGAGAAAAGGUUUUAUCUCAAAUGGAAGAAUUAAGAACAAAAGCACAAAAAGUUAUGAAUGUCCUUGAAAAGCCUGAAGUCAUUGCUGCCCUUCGUCAAGAUAAAACUCAAAAUUUACAAUAUUUGAAAGACAACUAUCAGUUCACUGAAGAAUCUAUUAACAUUCUAUAUGAAUUUGGUCAAUUUCAAUAUAAUUGUGGUGAUUAUGGAGCAGCUGCUGAUUACCUUUAUCAUUAUCGUGUUUUGGCAACUGAUAGUGAACGUUCUCUUGCCGCUACUUGGGGUAAAAUGGCAGCCGAAAUUUUGACAGGUAACUGGGAUGCUGCUUUGGAAGAAAUGCAGAAACUUAGAGAAGCUAUUGAUCAAAAGAAUUUUACUUCACCUCUCCAACAACUUCAACAACGUACUUGGCUCCUUCACUGGUCCCUCUUUGUUUUCUUUAAUCAUCCCAAAGGACGUGAUGGAAUUGUCGAUAUGUUCCUUACCCCUCAAUACAUCAAUACCAUUCAAACCUCAUGUCCUUGGAUUCUCCGCUAUUUGACCACCGCUGUUGUCACUAACAAACGUAGAAAGCAUCAAAUGAAAGAACUCGUCAAGAUCAUUGAGCAAGAAGCAUAUGAAUAUAGAGACCCUGUCACUGAAUUUGUUGAAGCUCUCUUUGUCAACUUUGAUUUUGAAGGUGCUCAAAAGAAACUUAAGGAAUGUGAGAGUGUUUUAAGUCAUGACUUUUUCUUGGCUGCCUCUCAUGAAGACUUUAUGGAAUCAGCUAGACAAUUUAUUUCAGAGACUUACUGCCGUAUUCACCAAAAGAUUGAUAUUAAGGAAAUGUCACAGAGAUUAAAUUUGAGUCAGGAAGAAGGUGAAAAGUGGAUUGUUAACUUGAUUAGAGAUACACGUGUUGAUGCAAAGAUUGAUUUUGAGGAAAAUACUGUUAUUAUGAAUACACCUGUUACAUCUGUUUAUCAACAAGUGAUUGAACGCACAAAGGGUCUUUCAUUCCGAUCACAAGUAUUAGCAACUACUAUCAAGAGACGUGAAGUUGCACACAAUGCUUCAAAUGAAAUUUCUGCUUAAUAAAGUAUGCUAUAUUAUAAUAAUAAUAAUCAUCAUAAUUACCCCUUUUAGUAUUCAGAUCUCCCUUUUUUUUUAACUCCUUUUGCAAAAUGCGUUUCAAUAGCAUGUGUUAAACUCGCGUUAUUUGCAUAUUAUAAUUAUGCUUUGACGAUGAAAUACUUGAUUUGGAAAUUUUGUAAGUAAAUUUCCCGAUGUAUACGAUAUAAAUAAAAUACAAUGACAUAUUAUGCUUCGGAAUGGAAAAAAAAAAAAACCUC